ACAUCAGGGCAACGUACAAACACGACUGAUCACUGCUAAAUGCUAAUCCUGUCAUCCUGGCAUGUCCUUCCUCGGUUCUCCGUAGUGAUAAAUUAACCAGGACCAGAUCGACCAGGCUGCAGGCGUGCAAGCGCGGAUACAUGCGUCCGGGCUCACCAACCAGGCCAACAUAAUGUCCACAAACCAUACAUGGGAAUGAUUGGAUGGCCGUCCUGUCUUAGGUUCACCGCAACGUCCCACCACCAUUCCAUUCCCUCUAUACUAUACUCUCUACAGUGGUCUACACUUGAAGCUCCACAUCAUGCUCCUGCAUGCCGGCCGGCCGGCCCUCAACUUUGCUUCCCUUCUACUCCCCUCCUCCUCCUCUCUCUGUCUAGGCUAAUACUCCCCCAUGAGCUCCAUUAGCACAUUUGGGGGCCUACUCUAAUGAACACACCCACCCCACCAAUGCCAUUAACCAUGUCUCUCCACACACACACAUAACCACUUCCACACUAACAUGUCAAAAGAGAAAGAAAUAUCCAUCGCCACUACUAGCAUGCACACCACACUUCCAACAUCCAAAGGUGGACACCCAGUUCUCCCAAGUGCUCAAACCCAUGGGCCCACUUGUCAUGUAUGCCGUGGCCGUCCGAUCGGUGAAAAUCAACGGCCCAGAUCGCGCCUAAAUCGGGCAUCAUCCUCUGAAGAACAAUCACAGAAUUAGUCACGGGGCGGGCCUCCACCUGUUGUCAGGCUCAGAACUGCCGAUUUUCCCACAUGGCAAGGACCUGCAGGCUGCAGCAGAUCUGUCUGUAUAACCUCCGGUCUCUGGCCUCUUUGUCUCUGGCCACUGACAGUUAGUGUUAGGCGCUCUCGAGUCUCGCCUCUGACGCAAACACUAGAGCAGAGAAGAAGAAGAAGAGCACGUACGUACUCUGGACUAAAUGAGGACAAUCCCGGCCACGAUUCUCCUCAUCCUCCUGCUCCUCAUCGCGCUACCGCCGCCGCCGCCGUCCGCCAUGGCGCUGACCGCCGACGGGCUGGCGCUGCUAGCGUUCAAGGCGGCGGUGACGGAGGACCCAACAUCGGCGCUCUCCUCCUGGUCCGAGUCCGACGCCGACCCAUGCCGCUGGUCCGGAGUCACCUGCGCCAACAUCUCCUCCGCCCAACCCCAGCAGCCUCCGCAGCCGCGCGUGGUGGGGCUCGCCGUGGCGGGCAAGAACGUCUCCGGCUACAUCCCCUCGGAGCUCGGCUCGCUGCUCUUCCUCCGCCGGCUCAACCUCCACGACAACCGCCUCACGGGCGCCAUCCCCGCCGCGCUCUCCAACGCCUCCUCCCUCCACUCGCUCUUCCUCUACAACAACGCGCUGACAGGGGUCCUCCCGGUGGCCGCGCUCUGCAGCGGGCUCCCGCGGCUGCGGAACCUCGACAUCUCCAGCAACGCGCUCUCGGGGGAGCUUCCCCUCGAGCUCCGCGGCUGCCGGGGCCUCCAGCGGCUGGUGCUAUCGGGGAACAGGUUCUCCGGGGAGGUUCCCGGCGGGAUCUGGCCCGAGAUGGCUCCCAGCCUGCAGCAGCUCGACAUUUCCUCAAACACCUUCAAUGGCUCUGUUCCCCCGAGCCUCGGGAUGCUUGGUAAGCUCUUCGGCACGCUGAAUUUGUCCCACAACGAGUUCUCGGGGGUCGUGCCGCCGGAGCUUGGAAGGCUGCCGGCCGCCGUGGCGCUCGACCUCCGGUUCAACAAUCUGUCCGGGGCGAUCCCGCAGAUGGGGUCGCUGGCGAGCCAGGGCCCCACCGCGUUCCUCAACAACCCCGCGCUCUGCGGGUUCCCGCUCCAGGUCGCCUGCCGCGCCGUCCCGCCGCCCACGCUGUCCCCGGCGCCGCCGCAGAACACCAGCCCCUCCACGGCCGCCGCCGCCGCCGAUCAGGGCAGGCAGCAUCACCCGAUAAAAACGAACCUGAUAGCGCUCAUCUCCGUGGCGGACGCCGCCGGGGUCGCCCUCGUCGGCGUCAUCCUCGUCUACAUAUACUGGAAAGUCAAGGACCGGAAGAAAAGCCGCGACCACGACGAUGAAGACGACGAGGAUCGGAAGCAGGGGCUCUGCCGCUGCAUGUGGGCCCGGCGUGGCAGAGGCGGCUCGAGGGACGAAUCGGACGACGGCGGCUCAUCGGACGACGACGAGGAGGAAGCAGGCGUCCGGAAGCAGGGCGGCGGCGGCGGAGACGGGGAGCUGGUGGCGAUCGAUAAAGGGUUCCGGGUGGAGCUGGACGAGCUGCUGCGGUCGUCGGCGUACGUGCUGGGGAAGGGGGGGAAGGGGAUCGUGUACAAGGUGGUGGUGGGCGGCGGGUCCACGCCGGUGGCCGUGCGCCGGCUGGGCGGCGGCGUGGGCGGCGCCGACCGGCGCAAGGAGUUCAGGGCGGAGGCGCGGGCCAUGGGCCGGGUCAGGCACCCCAACGUCGUGCGCCUGCGCGCCUUCUACUGGUCGCCCGACGAGAAGCUCGUCGUCACCGACUUCGUCGGCAACGGCAACCUCGCCACCGCGCUCCGCGGCCGGAGCGGGGAGCCGGCGCUGUCGUGGGCGGCGCGGCUGAAGAUCGCCAAGGGCGCGGCGCGCGGGCUGGCGCACCUCCACGAGUGCAGCCCGCGCCGGUUCGUCCACGGCGAGGUCAAGCCUUCCAACAUCCUCCUCGACGCCGACUUCACCCCCCGCGUCGCCGACUUCGGCCUCGUUCGCCUCCUCGCCAUCGCCGGCUGCGCCCAAGACACCUCUCUCCCCCAGCCGCCGCCGCCGUCCUCUGGCGGACUCCUCGGCGGCGCCAUCCCUUACACGAAGCCGGCGCCAGGGCAAGGGGGCGCCGGGUACAGAGCACCGGAGGCGCGCACGGCAGGGGCGCGGCCGGCGCAGAAGUGGGACGUGUUCUCGUUCGGGGUGGUCCUGCUGGAGCUGCUGACGGGGCGGGGCCCGGCGUCGGACCACGCGUCGUCGCCGUCCACGUCGGCGUCGUUCUCGGGGCCGGCGUCGUCUUCGACGGGGACGACGACGGACCGGUCGGGGAGCGGGGAGCACGGCGGCGGCGCGGGGGUCCCGGAGGUGGUGCGGUGGGUGCGGCGCGGGUUCGAGGAGGACUCGCGGCCCGUGGCGGAGAUGGUGGACCCGGCGCUGCUGCGAGCGGCGCCGACGCUGCCCAAGAAGGAGCUGGUCGCCGCGUUCCACGCCGCGCUGGCGUGCACCGAGGCUGACCCGGAGCUCCGGCCCAAGAUGAAGACCGUCGCCGAGAGCCUCGACAAGAUCGGGUCGUGAGAAACGGAUGCCUGCGUCUGGUGCCAUCGUCACGAAUUAGCCUACACUGGCAAAUGGCAACCGCGGGUGAAAUCUUUUUCCUUUUCUUUUUUUGAGGUCACAAUCUCGUCGGUGAAGUUCUUUUUCUUUUUUUUCUUUUCACUUGUUCAGCUGUUGAUAUUCUUUUUCCUCUCUCUUUUUUUUAAUUGUGUAAUUGGGGUUUUGCUGGCCAUUCUUUUGGACGCGGUUAAUGAUUUUCUAAUGAUUUAUAGCAAUAUACUCCUAUAUGGAAAAUGAA